GUUUGAAAACGCGGGAAAACCUUGGAUCACGAUGCUGUUUACAUUUUCGCCCAGCAUAUGCAUAUGAUACAUCUUCUGUACCCAUUUCAUUAUGAACAGGAAAAUGAAGCAGGACACAAAAACUCUGACAGUCAACCUCAUCUGUCAAGUGGAGGGGUCCCAGAGACUCCAUUCACUAAGGGCACUCAUGUUAUCCGACUAUGGUCUAAAGGAUCUGCCUGCUGACAUACUGAAACACAUGAAGAGUAUCAAGACCCUGGACUUCUCCCGCAAUAACCUCACAACUUUUCCAGAGGUCACUCUGAAAACUUUGGAGACACUGGACAUCUCUGAGAAUAAUAUUGACUCCAUAGACUUUGUGAAGAACCUUCCGAAUCUCAAGCAGCUUAUGGUAGAAGGAAACCCAAACAUCCAGGCCAGUCACAAGAUAGAGGCAGUUCUGAAGUGUCCAAGUCUGAUGAAGAUCGAUGGUGAUGAUUUGGAUAGCAUACACAGACAAAUCCAACACAUCAAAGAGAAGUGGAAGUUACAGGUGCAGGCCAAGUUUGAAGUGCUGUAUGAGGACCGAUUCACAGAGGACAUGUCUGAGGAGGAGUUCCAGAAGGCUGUGUCAGAGUUCAAGGCCAUUGUCAGAUCUGAUGACCUGUUCGCCAGGACAGAGAAAAUCAUUAUUGAGCAGCUAGUCACAGAGGUAGCCGAAGAAGUCCACUCUGGUAGACAUUUCCGCUCUGAUGUCCAGACUCCCCGGACUCCGAGGAGUGCCAGACUGUCCAGGAAACUCAGUGCAACCUCACCCAAAACAUCAGCCACCACCCCAAAGAGGAACAAGAGUCGGAACCACUCUUCUUUACUGGACUCCCCCACCCUGAAGAUGCCUCAGUCCCCCAUAUCCCCCAUCAGUACCCCACACAACAGGAAGAGACGGAGGGACAGUGACCAGGGCGAACUCACACAGAAAUCAAAACGAGACAGGAAGUACUCCCCUCUAACCUGGAUGAUGAGGAAGAACACAGUUGUGGACCAUGACCUGAUUUCUUUGCCAUCAGUACCUGACUACGACCCUGUGUAUUUCCUGAGAUGCCACUCCGAGGGAAACGACCCUUCUGAUGAGGUCACCAAGGUGUGGAGGUGUGCUUUUGAACCUAGCAUUGAAGACCCAGAGAAGACAACAAACAUGUUGGCCACUUGUGGGGGGCAGACGGUCUGCCUGAUUGACUGUAACACAGGGAAGGUGAUGAAGCGCUACAAAGACAGCAACAAGUAUGAGUGCUUUUACACCAUGGCAUGGACCACAGUCCAACUGAACAACAACAGAACGGAGAAAACCAAUCUGUUGGCUGUUGCAGGUCAAAGUGCUGAUAUCAAGCUGAUCCACCCCUCACAGUUUGUGAUGUAUGCCACACUAGAGGGUCACAGGAAGUAUGUCAGCUGUUUGACCUUUCACCCCAACCAUCCCACAAUCCUCUUCAGUGGCAGCAAUGAUAGGAAGAUCAUCAUUUGGGAUAUUGGUAUUCCCAACAUGAGAGACUACACUGUCUUGUUCAAGAAGUUGCACGUUCUGCAGGCACCAGACACUGAUGCUUUGAACCUCGUCCUGAGCAUGCCCAGUCAGACUCUGUUGGCAGGAUGUGAGGACUCGUGCUUUGGAUGGAAAGCAGAUAACAUUAACAAAAUAUCAAGGGACCCUGACUACCAGUUUUAUCUGCCCACUGUGUCCAGUGACGGGGAGAGUAACGUCAGUACUGUGAGGGAGACAGUGGAUGGACUGGCAGCUCUAAAGAACGGCUAUGUCGUGAACAAAUGUGUUGGAGAUGACAUCAUCAGUGUUUGGAAUGUCAAGGAUCAGCUGUCGAACAAUGGCAAAGCACACAAAAGGAAGGUCAAGGCCCACAUCAGGUCGGUUGGGGUCAAACCAGCAGCCCUCCUCCACUACACCACCCAGGAUGUAGACUACAUCAACAUGGGCACAAACAAAGAAAUGAUGGUGGUUGGAGACGACUCUGGGAAUCUCAGGCUGUACAACAUUAAUGAACUGACCAACAGGAAGUCCAAGUCAUGUGACGACAUCAUGAGGCCUUCCAGGGUUUUAGAAUGGCCGGAGAUUGCUGAAGGACCCAUGAAACAGUUUUGUCAGAAAGAGGUUGUGAUUGUCAACAGUGCCUGUGUCAGUCAUGACGGGGAGUAUGUCGCCUGUGGGACAGACAACAAUUUGGUGUGUGUGUGGAGACAGAGUAGGGACUCUAGUGAGGAGGAGAUGAUGUUGGACUGAGGGCGCCUGUCAUGAUAACUCGUGUAGAAGACUUGAGGCUGAUAUUUCAUGAAAAAGAAGACUUGUGGUUGAUUCAUGGAGAGAACUUGUGGUUGAUUCCUAAUGGAGAGAACUUGUGGUUGAUUCCUGAUGGAGAGAACUUGUGGUUGAUUCCUGAUGGAGAGAACUUGUGGUUGAUUCCUGAUGGAGAGAACUUGUGGUUGAUAUCUCAGAGAGAUUUUUUCACUGGAUAUAAGGACCAGGUUUUGUUCUAUGUUUAGAACUGAUGGGCAUUGAUAUACAUGUAUGAGGCUGUGAAAUUGUGAAAUGAUUUUGAAUUAUGUGUGUGAUCUCAGUUUUGGUUGGAAUAUGUAUAUUGUUAUUUUGUUCUGUGGGAUAUCUUUGUUGGACUAUAUGUGUCCUCAUUUUUCGUAAUUCCUCACCAUCUUCCCAGCUCCUUAUAUUAUUACAAGUGCACUGUUUGUUUCUAGGUAGUACAUUAAGAUUGCUCUUUGAUAGCAUAUCACACUUUGAAAACUCGAUGGAAAAAGUUAACAAUAUCAAUAAUCAAGUCAGUUAUUCCUGUUUUAAGAUAUUUUAUAGUAUCUUGAUAAUAGUUGGUAGUCUUUUUGUUAUGAGGGUUAUAUCUAGUGUUGAAAUAAUGUACAUGUUUUAAAAACAUGAGUGUAUGGAGCUAUAGGAAGGUAGUAUAGAAUUCAACAACUUGGUUGAAUUUGAGUUUAUGAUAUAGUUUAUGAGUUUUCAGUGAAUAUUUUUUCCUUUAUGAAGAAACCUGAUUUAGUGCUACUGAUAACUGUACAUGUAGUAACGAUGUAUAGAACUUCUGAUGUGUUCAAGUUGAUUGCAGAAAUAAUGCAAUCAAAAUUUGUGUUCAAGUUGGUUUUUUAUUUUUCAUUUUUAUGCCCUUCUUUCAGCGUUUAGUUUUAAUGAAAUUUCUUCAAAAAAUAUCUGAAAAUAUUUUCUAUAUCAAGGCAUUUUAGUGUUUCAUGUUUAUUUCACCUUCUGUUUUAAACACCCACCUUUUAAUUUUUUAUUUGAAUUUUUUUUUUCAUUUUAAGUUUGAAUUAAACGUUCAUUUUCAUUUUAUGUUUUAACUUAAGACUGUUACGGAGACCCUGCCUGUAUCAAUCAUUGCUUAUAAAUCUUUGUUUAUAUGUACCAAAUUUUUUUUUUUAGUUUGUAACAUUAAAUUUUUUGUUCAUUU